UACCGGGACACAAGGAGAGGUUAGGUUCAAAGUUGAAGAGGUUGACAGCGUGCUAGUUGUUGCUUUUGUAUUUCUGAAAUCAGUUGCUACGUUCGGGAGGACUGUGUUGCGUGUUAAGGUGCGAUGCGGAAUCUGAAGCUGCUGAAGUGCCAGCGCUGUGCAGAACUGCAGAGCCCGGGCAGUCCUCAGUUUUUCUCGGUGCGGACCGACACAGGCACCAUCCUGGUGGCCUCCGAAUACGGCAUCACAGAACUUGAUCCCAGAGCUGGUCAGGUAGUGAGUGAAGUGUCUCUGACAGCUGAGAACUAUCUUCCCGAGGAUGGCAGCGGAACCGUUGUCGGAAUCCAGGAUCUACCGGACCAGGAGUCCGUGUGUGUGGCCACAGCCAGCGGAGAUGUCAUCCUCUAUAAUCUUAACUCCGGCCAGCUGGAGUGUGUGGGCAGUGUGGACAGUGGGCUGACUGGAAUGAGCUGGAGUCCUGAUCAGGAGCUGGUCACCCUCACAACAGGUCAGGAGACCAUUAUCAUGAUGACCAAGGACUUCGAACCCAUAACUGAGGUUGAGAUCCACCAGGAUGAUUUUGGUGAAGGCAAGUUUAUCACUGUGGGCUGGGGGAAGAAGGAGACUCAGUUCCACGGUUCAGAGGGCAAGCAGGCUGCCCAGCGUAAAAUAGUGGAGAUCCAGCCCGCUGUACCGUGGGAUGAUCGGAGGCCCCGAAUCUCGUGGAGAGGGGACGGGCAGCUCUUUGCUGUGAGUGCUGUGUGCCCACGGACAGGUGCCAGGAAGGUAAGAGUGUGGAACCGGGAGUGUGUUCUGCAGUCCACAAGCGAAGCCAUCAACGGUCUGGAACAGUCACUGUGCUGGAAGCCUUCAGGGAGCCUGAUUGCAUCCACGCAGCGGCACCCGAACAAGCAUAGCGUGGUUUUCAUGGAGAGGAACGGUCUACUGCACGGAGAUUUCACUCUGCCUUUUGGCAAGGAGCAGGUCAAGGUGAAGGAGCUGCUGUGGAACAGUGACUCAACUGUCCUGGCUGUGUGGUUAGAAGACAUGAGCCCUGGGGAAGAUGGACAGCUCAGCACAUACAUUCAGUUAUGGACAGUGGGGAACUACCACUGGUACAUGAAGCAGAGCCUGCACUUUGGGAAAACCCUGGCGAGGGCCCCAGCCUGUAUGUGCUGGGACCCUGAGCUGCCCCACCGCCUGCACCUGCUGACCCGCGGCUGGACCAGCCUCACCUACGACUGGGGCUGGAGCACUGAGCGCAGCCUGGGGGACGACGACCAUGACAAAGGCAACGUUGCUGUGAUUGAUGGAGACAAGGUUCUGGUCACAACGUUCCGCCAGUGCGUGGUUCCCCCGCCAAUGUGUGCCUAUGAGCUCCAGCUGCCUGCUGCUGUCAAUCAGGUGACCUUUCACCCUGAGCCCAAGAGGACCAAUGACCUGGCAGUACUCACAGCAGAUGGGCGUGUCUUUGUUUAUGGAAAAGAGAUGGGAAACCAGAGUGAUCCUGCAGUUGGACCUGCUGGAUUCAGAGUCAUUGCACAGAACCCAGAGCUGAAGAAGACCUACAGCAUUGAGAUGGAUCAGGAAGAGCCCCUGGCGCUUCGCUUGCUCCUCUGGUUGAAGGAUGACACCUUCCUGGCAGUGGGGUGUGGAGAACGGCCGUCACAGUCCCACCUGCUUAUAAUGGGACCCUCAGGGACCCAUAGCCCUGAGCACAGACUGGAGAUCAGGUCAUGUGUCCAGGUGGAAGGUCAUGUGAUGAGCAUGUGCCACAGCUCCAGGACUGGCACGGUGGCCCUGCAGCUGGAGGACGGGCAGAUCCGGAGGUUCUUGUGGGACUCCUCUGAGCCCGCGGUGGUGGAAUGGCAUAACUCCAGUGGCAGCGCAGUUCACUUCCCCCUGCCCUGUGUGCAGACUGCCCUGGGUACUGUUGCUGGGGAGGAACAUUUGUUUGGCCUCACAGACAGAUCUCGCUUCUUCGUGGGUGACACAGAGAUUGCUUCCAACAUCUCCUCCUUUGUGGUGUAUGAUACCUUUCUCCUGCUGACCACUCACUCGCAUACGUGCAGGUGCCUCAGUCUGAGCACGCUCACAGUGAAAGGACUGCAGGCAGCUCUUGUUUCAGACGGUGGGCAGAAUGACGAGACGCUGCGGAGGGUAGAGAGGGGCUCCCGCAUCGUCACCGUGGUCCCCCAGGACACACGGCUCAUCCUACAGAUGCCUCGAGGGAACUUGGAGACUAUCCACCAUCGAGCACUGGUCCUUGCACAGGUCAGGAAGUGGCUGGACAGUCUUAAGUUCAAAGAUGCCUUUGAGUGCAUGAGGAAGCUGAGAAUUAACCUCAACCUCAUCUAUGACCACAAUCCCAAGGUGUUUUUGAAGAGUGUUCAGACGUUCCUCACACAGAUUGACUCUGUCAGUUCCAUCAACUUGUUCCUGACAGAGCUCAAGGAGGAGGACACUACCAAGACAAUGUACCCAUGUCCAUCUAAUACCGCUGCCCAGGCUGGGCCAGGGUGUUCUGGGAAUAAAGUUGACAUUGUAUGUGAUGCUCUCAGGUCCACUAUGGAAACUGAAGACCCUCACAAGUACUGUCUGUCUAUUUUGACUUCACACGUGAAGAAGACCACUCCAGAACUAGAAAUAGCUUUACAGAAAGUUCAUGAGCUUCGAGUGAACCCUCCAAAUGCAGAGAACUCUGUGAGUGCAGAAGAGGCCCUGAAGUACCUUCUGUUCCUGGUCAACGUGAAUGAGCUCUAUGAACACUCACUUGGCACUUACGACUUUGACCUUGUUCUCAUGGUGGCUGAGAAGUCUCAAAAGGACCCAAAAGAGUAUCUGCCUUUCCUGAAUGCCCUGAAGAAGAUGGAGCCCAACUACCAGCGGUACACCAUUGAUAAGCACCUAAAGAGAUACAAAAAGGCUUUGCAUUAUCUCAGCAAGUGUGGAGAAGAGCACUUCACCGAGUGUUUGAACCUGGUGAAGGACCAGCGGCUAUACAGCGAGGCCCUUCGUCUCUACCCGUCAGAUAGCCCACAGUACAAGGCCCUGAGCUGCGCGUAUGCGGAGCACCUAGUGGAACAGCAGCAGGCGGAGCAGGCAGGGCUGUUGCUGUGGCGAUGUGGAGAGACGCCCCGUGCCCUCCAGGCCUUCGUCAGCUGCAGCAGCUGGCGGCACGCCCUCUGUGUGGCCGCCCAGAUCCCCCUGCCCCCCGACCAGCUGCUCGCCCGAGACCUGGCGGGGAAGUUGAUGGAGCUCAGAAGAUACACGGAAGCAGCCCUACUGCUGGAGCAGUAUGCAAAGGACUGUGAGGAGGCCAUAUCCGCCCUGAUCACAGGUGCAGCCUGGGAGGAGACCCUCAGACUGAUUUACUUGUACAACAGACAGGACAUCAUUGAAACCAACUUGAAGCCAGCACUUCUGGAAGCAUACAACAAUCAGUCUGUGUUCCUCGAAGCCCAGAGGACACUGUUCGUACGUCACAAAACCAGACUGGGUGUAGUCCGGGAGCUGAAGGAGAAGGCCAGACUGGAGCUCUUGGACGAGGAUGCCCCGGACUGCCCAGACGCCGAGCUCUUCUCUGAGUCCAGCAGUGUGAUGACUGGCACCAACGCCAGCUCCAAAUACACCCACAGCAACUCCCGGAUCUCCUCGAGGUCGUCCAAGAACCGCAGGAAGGCGGAGCGAAAGAAGCACAGCCUGAAGGAGGGCAGCCCCCUGGAGGACGUGGCCCUGCUGCACGCCCUGGCCGAGAUCAUUCACCAUGUAGACGGGUUGCAAGAGGAGGUACAUGGUCUGCUGAAGGCUCUGGUGUUGUUCGGAUUCGACUCCCAGGCUGGGAAACUACAGCAGGACUACGGGGAAGCUCUGCGGAUUAUGGAGACGGCCAUCCCAGAGAUCUGGCAGGAGGACCGGCUUCAAAGUCACGCCCCUAUCACAGGGCCUAACUCCACAGCGAACAGCAUCACCGCAUCAUAUCAACAGCAGAGACCAGCUACAGCUAUACAGCAAGAUCCAGAGGUCUUCAUUCCUCCAAAGAUGAAGAAUACUGUCAAAUGGAAGCUUAGUAUUCUUAAGUAGUUAUGACUGGUUAAAUGGAUUUAUGAUAUUCAUUAUAUUAACAAUAUUUGUGUUUUAAAAACGGCAUGUGAAUAAAGGUUAUAUUUUUUGUAAUCUACAGUG